CACCCUCGUCUUCCUGUAUUCGAUCUCAGUAGAAAUGGGGCGGCUUUAAAAGCAUGAGGAUUAAGAGGAGGAGGAGGAGUUUGGAGUUAUUGGUUAGGCUGCUCCUGUCCCUCUAACUCAUCAGAAAUAGCCUCUUAGACCUUGGACUUCGAGUUUUCUCUGCUUUCCUAACAAAACUCUCCCGAGCUCCAAUAAACCACUUCGGGCAGCUCUUCUUCAUCCAUUCUGAACGGAAACCGAGCCAAGACCAAACGUUGUUUGCACAAACUGCAGAGCAAAGAUCCCUGGAGAAGCCCUCCUGGUAUAAUAAUGGUGACGCUCACUGCCACGCCAAAGUCCUCCCUUGCUGAUGAGCCAGUUAAAAUCCACAUCACUGGCUUGGAGCCAUCCCAGAUGGUGACUGUCCAGGCCUCUUUGACGGAUGAAAAAGGGGUGUUCUUCCAGGCCAGAGCUUUUUACUGUGCAGACAAGAAUGGUGAAGUGGAUUUAGAGCGUGAUGCUGCCACAGGAGGGGAUUAUGCUGGCAUACAGCCUAUGGGUCUGUUCUGGUUCCUGAAGCCAGACAAGCCAUUUACUAGGCUGAUGAAGCGGGAUGUAAUAAACACACCUUUUGAAGUCCACCUGGAUGUCCUUAAUUCAGUUCAGCUGACUUCCUCGCCCCCAGAACAGCAUUUAGCCGGCCAAGUUGUAGAGAGGUGGUAUGCAACACCUGGCAUGCAAAGGAUCCCUGUCAGGUCUGGCAGAAUCCGUGGGGCUCUCUUUCUUCCAGCAGGACAAGGUCCUUUUCCUGCUGUCAUUGACCUUUUUGGUGGCGUUGGAGGACUGAUUGAAUUUCGAGCAAGUCUCCUUGCCUGCCGUGGCUUUGUUGCAUUGGCUCUGGCAUAUUUUGCUUAUGAAGAUCUGCCCAGUUUUCUGGGCGAGGUGGAUCUGGAGUAUUUUGAAGAAGCUGCAGAAUUCCUUUUGAAACAUCCAAAGGUCCGUGGGCCAGGACUUGGUAUACUGUCAAUAUGCAAAGGGGCAGAGAUUGCACUGGCCAUGGCAACGUACCUGCCACAGAUUCAAGCUACCGUUUGCAUUAAUGGGACCAAUGCAGUCAAUGGAUUUCCAUUCCGCUACCGGGACCUCUACAUCCAGUCUAUCCCUUACAGGCUUGAAUGUAUGCUACUGACCGAGGAAAGUUUCCUUGAUAUCUUUAAUGUUGUUGAGGACUCUCAGUCAGAGAACCACCAGGCCAACAUACUGCCAGUGGAAAAAGCCUCUGGAAAAAUUCUCUUUAUUGUCGGAGAAAAUGACAAGAACUACAACAGCAAGGCGUUUGCCAUGGAAACCAUGGAGAGGAUGAAGAAGCUUGGGAAGACUCACUGUGCCCUUCUGUCCUAUCCGAGCGCUGGGCACCUAAUAGAGCCUCCAGCCUCACCGUUCUGUCGCCAGUCCUGGUCACCGUUUUUCUUCCGUCCUCUGUUGUGGGGAGGGGAAGCUCAAGCCCAUGCUGAAGCACAGGUCCAGUCCUGGAGAGAGAUCCAAACAUUUCUUCACCGUCACCUGCACUCAGCCCAAAGCAGCAGACUCUGAAAGCUGCAGAUCAUGAGCCCUUCUCAAUGCAUUACAGAGAUAGAUAGAUAGAUAGAUAGAUGAUUUUAAUGGUUCCUGUUUUAAUUGUAAACCUCCCUGAGCCAUUUUGGAAGGGUGGUAUAAAAAUUGAAUAUGAAUAUAAAUAAAUAAAUAUUUUUUUAAAAAUAAGAUGAUAAAAUGCCAGCAUGAAGCUCCAAGUUAGACAUUAGACACACAUUUAUGUAAUAGCACCUCAACAGCCAAAUAACCGCUUCAGAAGCAGUGGCUUGGAGCAGAUAGGUUGGUGUAGAAACCCACUGUUCCUUCAUUCCUGAUCAUCCUCUCUUGAAGCUACUUUUGGCUGUUUAGAUCAGGAGGUCUUGAAGCCAUUGCGGCUGGGGAUGAUGGGAGCUGUAGUCCUACAACAGCUAUGGACCCAAGUUUGAGACCCCCUGGUUUAGAUACUGUUAGUGUGUCUGUAUACACUAGUGCAGAGGUUGGCAACCUUUUCCAGGUAGUGUGGCAAGUCCUGAGGCAGUGUCCAGGCCUCGGCAUGACGUCAGCCACACCUCCUGAUCACUGGCUAUGCCCCCUCACACCAGUGUCGGAGGUGAGGCCAAUCUGCCUUCUUCCCAUACACUUCCUUUGCUAGAGAGCAAGCCUCCCAGCUAGCGAUCUGGCUGUGAGCUGACCAGGAGAAGCUGAGGAAAGGCAUGGGCAGGGCAGCCCUCCCUCAGGCCAAAUGUCAGGAGUGGAACAACUCUGCUUCCUUCUUUCCCAUGUGCCUCCUAAGCUCUCUGUGCCACAAAGAAUUGCCUUAUAUGCUGCUCAUUGCACACCAAUUCCCUUAGCUCCUGUGCUGAAUACUGGAUGCCAGACUAGGCCCCGAGGCAGGCCUUGAGUGAGCCUGCUGUAGAACUGGAGAGAGAGGUUUACAUUCCAAAUAGGAGUCGAGACUGGGAGCAAUUGAGUCUUCCAUCAGAAGCUGACUGUGGAAUGGCAGGCUCUUGUUGCUAUGCAACUGUGCAGAGUGCUGAUUGCCAGAAGAGAUGGCCAAUGGAGACAGUCCAUCAGUGGUGUGUUGUUGUUUUUUAAAGUAUAGCUCCUCCCCUAAAUGUAGUGGCUUAAAGUUCCAAUGGCAAAACAUGUUGGGUGCAGUGUACCCUCUCACAGGGAUUCCCAGAUGUUGUGGACUACCACUCCCAUAACCCCCAAACAAAAGCCAUUGCAGCUGGGGAUUCUGGGAGUUGUAGUCCACAACGUCUGGGAAUCCCUGUUAGAGGGAAUGCUGAUUGGGUGCCUUAAAAACCACCACCACCAUCAUCUUAUUGGGGUGGAUCCAUGCCAGAGUCAGUCGGGAAUGUAUGUCAGUAGAGGAGCAAAGGCAGGGGAAAAGAGGGAGUAGAAAAAGCGACUGGAUUUCUUCCUGAAGUUAGUUAUCUCUAUCUCAGGCUUUUGUUCUGAUGCAGCAUGGCCAUUCUUAUGUCCUUAAGCCCUGCUGCAUCUGAUGAAUAUCUCACAUUAUGGAAUUAUACCAGUAAGUAUUGACAAAUGACAAAUGACUGCCCACAAAGUGCUGAUAUAUCUCCAUACUGUUAGACAGUUUUCAGAUGAGGGAGAUGUAGAAUUGAAAUUGAAACUGGUAGUAGAGCAGUUAUUUAGCAAAUAGUAGAGGCCUGCUUUUGCCUACGGAAGAUUAGCUGGACAUCUUAAACACAAAUGUAGAACUGCUUGAGUGGUCAGGCCAUAUAGUGGCUGCCCGCAACUGCAAUACGUUGAUUAUGGAAAACGAAACUGGUGCACACUACCAGAUUGGGGCUAAAGAUGGGCCAUCGUCCACGUUCCUGGGACCGAAGAUUCUCAGCAAUUGGCAAAGCUUGCUUGGUUUUUAAAGUGAAAAAGAAUUCACGCGGGGAAGUUGCUACAGCUGUAGCAAACUGGCCAUUUCCGUGUCGUGUAGUGGUUAGAAUAUUGGACUGAGACCUGGGAGACCUGAGUUCAAAUCCCCAAUCAUCCAUGAAACUCACUGGGUGAUUCUGGGCCAGUCAUGCGAGGAGAAACACAACCAUGUACACUGCUUUGGGCUCAAUGAAGGAAGAGCGGGAUAUAAAUGUAAAUAAACACAUCAUUCCUGGGACUAAAAGAUACUACAUCCAUAAGGGCAAAAUGACUGGUCUAUACAUGUCACUGUGACUGUCCACUAUUUGGUUUUUUGUUAACAUCAUCAUCAUCAUCAUCAUCAUCAUCAUCAUCAUUAUUUCGAUUUCUAUAUUAACAAAUAAAUGUUGACAAUCUCAAGUCAAUUCUAUGAAUAGCCCAAAACAGAUAUAAUUUCUCCACCUUUGGGUUAUACCUAAAUAAGUGCUGACAAUCUAAAUGGCUGUUAACACUUACUGAUAUAUCCCUAAGUUUUAAGGCAUAAAUGUGCCAAGGGUUGUCAAAAAUCCACCAAAUUUGGACAUGCACAGUUGCUUAUAUCUCACAUGACCUUCAGUAAUACAAGUUCACUGUGCUUGGCCUACAAAGAGCAAUUGAGUUGCACUGGAUAGAAUGUUGCACGAGAGAGGUCUGGCUAGAACUGCCAUGCAACCAGGAAGCUUGCUGAAUGAUUACUUGAGCCAAGUUACUGGCUUGUUGUGACAAUAAAGUGAAAAUAAGUCAA